UCAAACACUCGGCACACGCCACGACAUCCAUUACUCAAUCCAAAAUGCUGUCAGUGCCUGCAGCCGCACCGCAUCACGUUAGCCAGUGACACCGUUUUUUGUCAAAAGGAGCAGUCCAGGUGUAGGAAAAGGGGGACGAAAAAGGCACGUCUGGAAAGAGCAAAGAGGCGCCGAGCAGGCGAGCACCGCAUCGCCGAGGAGAAAGAGCGGAGUGGGCGUGGGCGAGUCCCGGCCUGGGAUUUUAGGGGGAGCGAGGCGAGCACGCCGACCGGACGACCGGUUCUUCGUGUCGUCAAAGCAGAGUCCCACCGCAGCGAGCAGGCCUCGGCGGCGGCGCGCUAGUGGAGCCGUUCCCCCCGAAUUCCGUGCGCCCCCGCGUGCGGCGCGCUUGCCGCUUGGGGGCGAUGAUGGGGACGCGGGAGCUGCUCCUCGUCCUCUCCCUCCUUGGCGCCGGCAUGGCCGUCGGCGACGCGCAGCCUCCGCCCUCGCCGCCGCCACAGCAGACGCCGCCGCCGCCGCCGCGGCAGACGCCGUUCGGGCGCACCAUGUCGACGUUCAUCACGGUGGCCAUCAGCGUCUUCUUCUUCCUGCUCUUCGUCUGCGCGUACGUCAACCAGUGCCGCCUCGCGGACCCCGGCGCGCGCGGGGAGGCCGCGGCGGCGGCGGCGGCGGGGCCCGGGGGCGCGUCCGGGAGGGGGAAGCGCGGGCUGGACCCCGCGGUGGUGGCCACGUUCCCCAUCGUGUCCUACAGGGAGGUGGUGGCGCACAAGAUCGGCAAGGGCGUGCUCGAGUGCGCCGUGUGCCUCACGGCGUUCGAGGACGACGACGACCUCCGCCUGCUGCCGCACUGCUCCCACGCCUUCCACCCGGAGUGCAUCGACCCCUGGCUGCAGUCGCGGGUCACCUGUCCGCUCUGCCGCGCCAACCUCGAGAAGCCGGCUCCGGCGGUCGCGCCCCCGUCGCCGCGGGAGCAGGUGGCGGUGGCGCAGCGCCGGCCCUCGCCGCCGCCGGAGGCCGUGGCGAUUCCGGUGCUGGGCGAGGGCUCGGAGGAUGAGGGGGACAGCGACGAGGACGACCGGAAGGAGGAGGCCAUCGAGCUGGAGAUGCUGCGCAGCGCGCGCCGCGCGGCGAGGAUGCCGCGGUCGCACUCGACGGGACACUCGCUCUUCGCGGCGGCGGCCGCCGCCGCCGAGGAGGGCGACCACGAGCGGUUCACGCUGCGGCUCCCGGAGCACGUCCGGGAGCAGGUGCUCCGGUCCCGCCGCCUGAGGCACGCCACCAGCCUGAUCAACCUCUCCGACAUGAGCUCCGAGGGCAGCUUCCGAGGCGGACGCCGCCUGGGAGGAGGAGGAGGAGGAGGAGGAGGAGGAGGAGGAGGAGGAGGAGGAAGCUUCGGCAACGGCAACGGCAACGGCGGGAGCAGCCACGGCGGGCGCCGGUGGCAGUCGUUCCUGGCCCGGACGGUCUCGUGGGCGCGAGGCGGCGGCGACGGGUCGGUGCGGAAGGGGUGGGACGGGUCCACGAGGAGGGGAAGGGAUGACAGCGAGUCCAGCCGGAAGGGCUCGCCCACGCCGCCGCCCGCGGGCCGGCCGUGACCGACGGCGCUACAGUGUGCUUUGCUUGACUGUAAAAUUCGACAAGUUUGUGCUUCUUUUUUUCUUAAUCAUUUGAAUUUAUUUUUAUGUCUAGGAAUAUUUGGCGAUAGUGUGAUAGUGGCCUGAAUUUUGCUAAAUUUUCUAGCUUUAGUUUACUGAUGACAAGGAGAGUGACCAGUUCAGAGAA